AACACGUUGGCAUGAAUAUGAUUCUAAACAAAAUUUCAUGACAACGAGGGGUAAUGGGUGUAGGUAGAAAGUCCUCUCAUUAAUCACGCAGUUAGCACAAUGGAUGACAUGUCCGAGGGCCUUGCAGCUUUACAAGUAUUUAUUUGUCAGCACUCGCGAGAAAAAUCCAGGUGACCCAGGUCAGGUGGGUAAUAUAAUCCUCGUCAGGCGAUGUGAAUGUGUUCGGUGUCCCUCCUCGGCAAUAUUUCAAAGCAGCUUGAACUAGUGCAGACAUUGAAAGGUUGUGAGUACAGCAAGAUCCAAAAUCAUUUUUAGAGGACCAAAAACGCAUCAAAGACCUGAAAAUGAGACAAUUCCUGCUUUGGACAGUCUGCCUCGUGUUGCUGCCCCUGUGUGUGGGGGGUAAGAGAGUUGUCUUCAUGCCCUUCCCCUUCACCAGCCACACCAACUACCACACGAACGUAGCGCGGACCCUCGCUCGGCAAGGUCACGAGGUGUGGUUGACCAUGCCCGACUACAUCGUCAACAGACGGGUGUUGGACACGACUAACUUGACUGUCAUCGAGUACCAGACAUUGAAAAACUUUGAGGAGAUUAUAACUGCCGCUUUCCCCGGCAACUAUUUUAAAGGAUUGUCUGAGGAUUUGAGUGUGCUUAUGUCUAUUGGCUUACAAUUUUGUGAUACUCUUCUUACGAACGCUUCUUUUUUCCAGAAGGUUAAAGAACUGCGUCCGGAUCUUUUCGUUUUUGACAAUAUACGACUCAUAAACAUGAUGACGAUAAUAUCAUAUAGACUUGGGGUGCCUUUUGCUUUUCUUGGAGCAUUUUACGACCCGAGCUACCAGCGAAUCCCUUUACAGCCUUGCAACAUACCAGGUCCAAUUUUUAGCUACAACCAUCAUAUGAGUUUUCUUCAGCGAGUUUUAAACACUGUAAUUCAUGUUUUUUCCUCUGCGGUGGACGGAUAUUCCCACAAUGAUGCAGUCAGUCGCUAUGCACCAGAAAUGCCUUUCCUUACUAUAGACAUGCUUGUAGCAAGAGCUGAGAUCUGGCUGGUUGAGACGGACCACAUCCUAGACUACCCGAGACCAUCGAUGCCCAAUGUCAAACUAAUAGGAGGAACAGUUACAGGUCCUGGAAAACCAUUGCCACCGCAGUUUAAAUCUUUUAUGGAUGAUGCAAGAGAAGGAGUAGUUAUCGUAUCGUUUGGUAGUUAUAUACUCAGUCCACCAGAACCAAUCACACAAAAAAUCAUGAAUGUGUUGAAAGAUUUACCUUUUAAAUCCGUUUUCCGUUCCAACAUUUCGUCACCAAACUCAAAGAAGAUCCUGACGUCGUCAUGGAUACCUCAAGAAUGA